AUCUUUGGAUUAAAAUGCAGUUGUUUUUUCAAGUUUUGUUUAGAAUGACACGGCCGCGGAUUGUUUUGGUAAAUUCCUUUUCCAGAGGAAUCAUUUGGCCGUGAUUCUCAAAAUUGAAAAAAAGCAUGUGUGAUCGUAAUUGAUUCCAUCACAAUUUUAAAAUUUCCCGUUAGGUACUUGUUCUUUCGGAGUUUCCUUUGUUAUGAACUGAGACGAUUUGACAACUCAUACUAGCAGGUAGAAAGUGAUACAUAUUUUUGUUGGCAGAAUCGUUAGCCGAUGUGAUAUAAAUAAAUUAGUGAAAAUGGGAAACUGUCUCAAAGGAACAACUGCAGACGACAUUUCGCUUUUAAGGGGAUCGGAAACAAACAGGGAUUCAACUUCGUCAGAUCAGCUUGGUCCACCACCUCCGUACCAGCAAGAGCCUACUCCUGUAUAUUACCCAUCUCCAAAUGUAAGUAGGCCAGUGACCCAACUUACGGAAGAGGAGCAGGUCAAAAUUGCUAAAAGAAUUGGAUUAAUUCAACAUUUGCCUACUGGAACAUACGAUGGUUGUAAAAAGAACAGAGAAUGUGUGAUCUGUAUGGUGGAAUUUAAUGUGAAUGACCCAGUACGAUACCUGCCAUGUAUGCAUAUUUAUCAUGUUCAGUGCAUUGACGAUUGGUUAAUGAGGAGUUUCACGUGUCCUUCAUGUAUGGAGCCUGUGGAUGCAGCAUUACUGACAAGUUAUGAAACGAAUAAUUAAUAUUUAUGUUUCUCUUGCUCAGAGCAGUGCUCUGUCUUGGAACUCUUUAGGGAUGCUGCACCUCUGAUGAAGAGGUGACUCCACAAGACUGACUGUUUUAUUGUUUUUACAAGCAUAAAGCAGAUUU